AUAUAGGAGCAUUUAUGCAUGAACAUCUAAACUUCUUCCAUCACUUUUUCAAAAAAAAAAAUGGAACCCUAUCUCCUCCAACAAUCUCUUUUAACUACCACCACCACCACCACCAAAAGCUCUUCUAUGAUUUCCUCAUUGCCACCAAACUCAGUAACCUGUAGCACUAAUAAAUCGAACGCUUCUAGCAUCAUUUUUCGUUUAAUUUUGAUAUCCUGUAUAGGCAUAAUUUCCAUUUGGGCAAAUUAUGAAGCCUCAAAAGGGUUCUCAAUCACGAUUGUGAACGAUGCAAGUAAGUUCUCAUUAGCAAGAAAACGCUUUUCGUUACUCUAUGAAUCAAAUGAUAAAGCAACCCGAAUAGUUGUCAACACAAGUACAUUUGUUGAAAAUCUUCUCUACCCUGCUUAUAAUAAUAAUAAUCAAGACUCGCAAAAACACUUCAAAAAACAAAUCAAUAGUGUCACGCUUAGACUUGCCGCCCCUACAAAUUUCCAUGAUUUUGUGUCCGUUGAUCAACAUUCUCAAAAACCCCAUGAAUAUAUAAUCAAUUUAAAUCCAUCUUUAUUGGAAGAAACUCGAUCAAACAACGAUGAACUCGUUGUGAUGGCAGUUUUACAAGGCAUGGCUCGGGUAUGGUUAUGGGACGGCAAAGGGGGGGCUCCGCUCGUGCUUUUGAACGGGAUCGUUGAGUACAUAACGAGCUUAGCGGGAUAUAGGACAAGUGAAUUACACAAAUUUGGUGGUGGCAAUAUCAUAUCAGCCGAAAAGAAUGAGAUAUGUUGGAAAGAUGAGGAUAGAAGAAAGGUGGCAGGGUUUUUGAGCCAUUUUGAUCAUAGAAUGCCACCAAAUAGUGGUGGUGAUGGGGAGAUGAUCCGACGGUUGAACAAAGAGAUGAGGAAUGGAUGGGAUGAUCAGAUGGUGGAUGAUGUGUUAGGCAUGACAAGUCAGCAUGCAUGUGCAUCUUACAUUUUGAUGAAUAGGCAUCAUAAUCCAUACAGCUCAGUUUGAUUUUAUUUUAGGAGACAUAGCACAAGGGAAAGUGAAAUGUUUAUUAUGGGAAUCCAUGUGAUUAUUGUACGUUGUUUUGUUUUGCUUGAUAAUCUUUGAAAUGGCCCAUUGUUUUAUUAUUGUA